UUUCAAAAUAGCAGAUGUUGCCGUAAGUGAUGCCAGCUGAUCGAGACAGCAGUAGCGCCACCAGUGGGAAAAGUGUCCCCAAUGGCACAACGACAAGAGUAGUUACAAAAAGAGUAGAGCCAGCACCACCCAUAGAGAUUUUACCCGACGGCACUCCAACAUCAAAAUAUGAGGAAUGGACAACAUCCAGGAAGAUUGUUAAUCACAAAACCAGACAGGUAGAGACGCGAGUGCAGCGCCAGUUGGUUUACGAAGAUGGAAAAGUUGUAGCUGAUAGUGGACCUCAGAUCUCUACUAAAACUACAGAAGACAAUCGUAAAGAAGAAACCGAAAACACAGAUCAUAAGUCCACGGGUGGAGAAAAUCUGGGUCCUCAUUACAUUGCUGACCCUGGUUCAGUGCGAGUAAUUACAGAGAAAACUGAAUCACGUCAAACCACGAGGGAGAAGAAAGAAGAAAAUGUGGAACUGCACGAUGAAGGUUUCCGGGAACUGACAGGCACAGAUCUUCACCAGAAGGCACUGGGAGCUCCUGAUCAUGAACUUUUCAGUCGAGAAAUUGAUGUCAGAAAACCAUUCCCAGGGAAAGUCACUCAUUACUCUUGUCGUGGUCAGAAAGUGACAGAUAAAGAGGAAGUUAAUGAAGUAUCCGAGUGGAAGGACGGGGAAAUGACAACAGAGACCACUACUACACGGCAUCAUGAAGAACAGCAUGACGAAGAAGUUCCUGAGGACGAAACCGACGAGUCGGCGAUGCCAGAAAUAUCCACGGAAACAAUAAACAACAUUGAGUACUAUGGAGAUAACAUCAACCAGGAGAGUUUGACUGAAAAACUAAAACGAGAGAAAAAAGAGAGUCUCAGACAAGUACUUUCUUCAGAGCGACAGGAUGAAGUCUCCAAAACUACAGUGGAUGUAGAACAAGAGGAUGCCAUCAAGAAAAUUGAAACAAACCAUUGGGUAAAGAGCCAUUUUGGCUCGAAUAAUGGCAAUGACUAUGGACCAGCAACCACUAAAACGGCUAAAAAUGUUAUUCACAUUCAACUGGUCAAUAAUUCCAAACCUCCCUCUUGUGUCCGAAUGGAUAAAAAUUUGGUAGAAUAUAGGAAUACUUCGAAAUGCUCUCAAGAAGAAUCGCUUUCUUCCUCAGAAGGAUGGACUUGUGACAAAAAUAAACAUUUUCUAGGGGUAUCCGAAUGGGAUUCGAAUCCUCGUAGACUUUCUGAAGUUCUAACUUCUUCUUCGCCAUCACAUAAAGAAAAUACCAAAUCUAUCUCACCAGCAAACUCAUGGAAAGAUAACUCCAAUUACGGUUCAUCCAUCUAUCUGACAACCACGAGUUCACCAAAAUGUGAUUCAACAUCUUUGAGGAAACACUCUAACCCAUGGAGGUCGACCUCUGUUAUCAGAGACGACUUCUGCAGAACAUCUCUGGAUGAUCAGAAGGAAGAUUCUCAUACACACAAUAGGCAUGAGCCUUUCCACUCAAACAACAAUUCUUUUGAUAGAUCCAAGAUUCACGGGUCUCACUCCCCAAGGGAUACUCCUCGAAUGUUUACAAUGUCUGAUGAAUCCGGAGCUCCCAGAAACUCUUCUUUCGUGAAAGAAGAUUUUGAUCAUACCCUGCCACGAGAUACAAAAUUUAAGAGUGAACCAUAUAUCAGUUAUUUUUACACCUCAGUGAAAUCUUCCCCUCAAGAUAGUGACAGGAAAGAUAGCGGUGUCCAAGUGGAUCUUUUGGAAAACAGUCAUUGUGUAACAUUACCUUGGCAAUCUCCAGUGCAUCCUUUGAGGGUUUUUGACGAAAGAGAUAUCCAAACUUUACCAAGAGCUAUUUCUAAGAACCCUCAACAAGAGCAAACAAAACAUGUUGCGGCAAGGACACCUCGAUCUUUCUACUUUGGAGACGAAUGUGACAUCAGCUUCCACAAUGAUAGUAAAAAUAAAAUAUAUCAAUCUCAAAAUUUUGAGGAAACCAACAGUCACACACGAUUGUUAAACCUGAACAACGGUAACCUUGAGCAGCCGGACGGUCAUUACACAAUAGAACAAAAAGUCAAAAUAAAGGACAAUCCCCAAAAGUCGUCCAUUCUUUUAAAUACAGGAGAUCUAAAGAGUCCCCAUUACAAAACUGAACUAGACUGCAGUACUGAUGAUAACUUUGGGAAUCAAAAUCACUAUUGCAAAGUGAUGAACAGUGAUGCAUCUGGAAGAAAAGAUUCCUAUCAUCAUAAUAUUUAUAGCAACAUAACUCACGGGAAUAAUCAAAACGGAAAUGACGUCACAAUCACUUCUGUCAGUCAUGAAAAACGUAAAGAGUUCAUGCAAGGUCUUCUUGACUCUGCUACUCCAGAAAAUGAUAUUAUUUAUUCGAUACCUUCAAAAAAUGAUAUGAAAAGACGACAACAUCAAUGCUCUCCUCCACCUCCACUCCCCCAUAUUGAAAAAACUUCUUCCACUCCCCCACCAAGUCUUACGAAAGUAGAUUAUUCACCAUCUGAAUCAGAAGAAGAGGCUCAUCCACGCCCGAUCCCACCUCCCCCAGCUGGAGGACUGUUUGAUAAUAAUACUCUUCCGAAGUUUCGUUCAGAGAAAAGUCCCAUUAGUGCUCCAGUGACUAAAGCCUCUUCGACUACAACACUGGAAAUCAAAGGAGUGUCCAGUAAUGCCGGUACAACGCUUUCACCAAAUAACACUCAUCACGAACGUGGGGGAUUCGACGUACCUGUCAGGCCACCUCGCAGGCCUAAAGCAGUGGUGGUCGAAGUUCGAGACUGGGAUAACAGAUAAACAUUUUUUGUCGAUAAAAAGCCUACUAGUGCUGUAAUAUCAAAUAUUAGGCUUAACAAGACAUAACUUAUAAUUUUAGAGGUCAGAUGAAAAACAACACUGGAUGAAAUAUUACCCCGAUAAAAGUCAGUUCACAUUCCCAUGCUGUUACAGCUUGGAACAAAGUACCUUCAUUAUAGUUAGACAAACAGAUGUUCUCGUGUAGUUUAGAUAAAGUGUUUAUUGCUGUGAUGAAGCUGUACAGAGUUUAACCUACCUUGUCGUAAAAUUUAUAUAUAUAAAACUAAAGUAUGUAUCAUUGUGAACAGGCCCGUAGCCAGAGGAGGAGUUCGAAGAAUGUGACCAAAUCCCCACUGGCUAAAAAAGGUCACCCAAUGUAGAAUAAUGUAGAAAAAUAAUAAGUCUCGCCAUUCAAUUGUGAUUUAUAAUUGAUUAUAAUUAAUACCAAUAUUAAUAGUAAUAAUGUUACUUAUUUAAUACUGAGAAAUCUAUAGAGUUUAGGCCUGAAGAUGUUCCCCACUAAUUCAUAAUUACUAAAAAUAAUAAUGUUACUUACUUAAUACUGAGAAUAUUUUAGAGCUUAGGCCUAAAGACGUUUUCUACUAACUUAUGGGUACUAAUAGUAACAAUACAAAUGUUACUUACUUAAUACUGAGAAUAUUUUAGAGCUUAGGCCUAAAGACGUUUUCUACUAACUUAUGGGUACUAAUAGUAACAAUACAAAUGUUACUUACUUAAUACUGAGAAUAUUUUAGAGCUUAGGCCUAAAGACGUUUUCUACUAACUUAUAGUACUAAUAGUAACAAUACAAAUGUUAUUUAUUUAAUACUGAGAAUACCAUAGAGUUUAAAGACGUACGCUAGAGAAAUAAAUAAAAUAUUGAAAAACUUACUGCUUUUCGAAACUUGGUACUCAAAAUAGAUCAUACAAAUUUAGUUUCUAGUUUUCAGUGUUCCUACAUAAAACCACGUUAGUGCCUUAUGCUUGCUAGCUAACACUAAACAAAAAGGUCAUUUGAUUUUAGGAAUAGACCCGCCCUCAUCUGUCAUACCAUGGUUACGGGCCUUUUGAAGGUUCGUCAUGUAGAUAAUGAAACAAGACUAAUAAAAAAAUGUUUACCAAUUUUUGAGAUAGGCUAACACUAAAGAUUUGUAAAAUGUGAACAGCUAACAAACUAUUUCUACAGUUUAGAGAACCCAGUGGUAAUAUAUAUAUAUAUAUAUAUAUUUCUGUGCAUGUUCUUUAGGCCUAACAAUUCCUUAGUAAAUAUGGAUUUUAUAUGUGUUUAUUUUAAAAUUAUG